AUGUCCUCCACCGCCUCAGCACCAUCACCGCCGCUCCCCUCCACCUCGGGGUACAUUUCCGCCGUCCGCUCCUCCUGCCUCUCCGCCUCCACCCAUCUCUCGCUCACACCCAACCUCCCCGCCAUCGACGCCUUCCUCCUUUCCCUGUCACCCCUCACCUUCCGCCGUCUCGCCACUCAGCACGGCCUCACCUUUCCCUUGCGCUUCCCUACGCCCAUCGCCGAGAUCAAUUUCCUCUCCAUCCUCGCGCUCCUCAACAGCUUCUCCGGCUACCGAACCGCUUUCCACCGUGCAACCGGCAGUGGGGCGUAUCAGAAUGUGGUGCGCUUCAUGAUCGGGCUCUACAUCUCGAGCGAUGCGGAGGAUCGGGUUGUGGGUGCGGCGAGUUUGACAGCCAAAGGGUUGCGGGGGUUGACGGAAGCAAAGGUCGUCGAGUUGAUGGGUGUCAGUGUGCAUGAGGAGAGGGAGCAUGAGACGUUGAAGGGCGUGACGGUGGGUGUGAGAGGCGGUGAGAUGCUGGAUGUUGUGCAGAUGAUCUUAAAGGCGCUGCAGGGUGUGGCUGGUAAGCUGCAGGAGCUUGGACACGAUAGUCUAGGUUCGUACGUCGUUGGGUUGCUAGAGGCCACAAGGAAGCAGGGGUUGGACGACGACCGAGCCACCGACUUCCUGACGCAGCGCCUCGCAGACGCUUUCGUCGAAUUCCGCGAUACCCACUCCAUCACCGGCGUUGGAGAAGUGUUCCUCUUCAAGAGGAUUUUUUUCCUCCUCCACUCGCUACGACUUCGGUUCGGAGAAAAGCAAGAUUGGUACGUUCCGGAUACGAAGCGCACGCUACCCAUGUUUGUCGACAACGUUCUUCCGACCAUGUGCGUCUGGUUCAACAUGUUCUCCGUACCCGAAGAGACGCCGAAGGGUAUGGAAACGUUGUACGAAUGGGUGAGGACGAAGCACUGCAAUGCGGAUCUGCCGCGGGAGAAGCUGACGGCGGGUGGGAAGGAUGCAGGUCCAGAGCUGAGUCAGGACGAAACGUAUGCCAUCAGGGCAGCUACCCUGAAUGUAGGGAGGGUAGUUGUGGAGAGAGCAAAGGUGUUGGCAAAGGAGGAAAAGGAGGGGAGAGAGUGGUUGGCCGAGUUGAACGAGGUCGAUCUGGAUGGUUAUCUGUGGAGCGUGGCGAAGGAUGAUGAGGCGUUGAGGAGCGUUCCGCGGUUGGUGUUUAGGAGCAUUCACUUUUGA